AUGUCACCUAUUACACCUUCGACAGCUAAAAUGCAAAACAAAUCAUCUAAUUCACCACCUAUUUCUUCACCUACCACACCGACGGAAAAUGCAGGACCGUCCGUGUCGAGACGCGCGGGAAAGGCGAAUGUUUCUAGCGCUUGUGGACCGUGCAAAAGGGCGCAUUUAGCAUGUGAUGUGGCUAGACCGUGUAAAAGAUGUGUUAAUAUGGGUAAAGAGGAUCAAUGUGAGGAUGUUCCUCACAAAAAAAGAGGUCGUCCAAAAGUCGUCAAACCAUCAAUGGGAGAACCUUAUCAACGUCGUCCUCCACCUCCUAACGAACCUACAAAUUCAUUCCCCGAUCCAUCACAAGGAAAAUGGCGUGGACCUUCUUCUUAUGACGCUCCAUAUAUGGCAACAGUAGAACCACCACCACCACUUAUGCCAUUACCACCACCACCACCUCCUCCUCCUCCUAUUUCAAUACCAAUAUCAAUCCCGAAUUCUUCUUUACCUAGACCUAUAUCACCUAUCGAUCAACAAAUACAACAACCAAACCUUUUCACAUUGUUCACAACUACAGAAUUAAAAAUAUUACGUGCAAGUCAAUCUUGUUAUCCAUUAACAGGAUAUCAUCCACACGAAUUUGUGAAUUUAAAUUUAUUAGAUUGGUUACAUCCUUCCGAUCGACAUUUAAUAGAUUUAGAAAGACAAAGACUUAUAAACGUUUCUUUCAUAACAGGUUCAUUACAGUCAGAUAGAGAAACUCAAGCUGCUAUUACACAAAGAUCAGAAAGAGAAUUAUUAUCACCUGCAGAAGGUAUGAGAGAUCCUUAUCCAAACCAAAAUGCUAGAGUGUUAAGAUCUGAUAAUUUAUUUAAUUAUUUUAAUAUUAGAUUACAUUUAGGUGGUGGUUUAGGUGCUUCUUUAUGGAGAUCUGAAACUUUAAGUAGAGUUUAUAUCGUUGUUUCUUUACUUCUUAUACCAACUCAACAAAAUUUACAACAACAACAACAAAGAGAUUUACAUAUUCCUAUUUCUUCUUCACAAUCUCAAUCUCAAUCACAAGAUUAUUCAAGACGUAUUUCAACGAAUCAAUCUAUACAAUCGAAUCAAUUCACGAAUUCUCAAUCACAAUCUCAAUCUCAAUCUCAAAUACCACCAACACCUAUAACACCUAUUCCUCAUUCGAAUUCAAAUUCGAAUCCGACACAAGGAAAUAUGUUACAUUCUUCGACUAUUGGUUUACCUGGUUUUUCAAGUAUAGCAGCUGCUGCGGAUUCUCCUUUACCAUCUUCACAUACACAUUCACAUUCAAAUCCUCAUAUGUUACCACCUCAACAAAGAUAUGAUCCUUCAAGUUAUUAUUCCCAACCUUUACCUCCGACUCGAGGACAUCCAUCCGGUACCAUCAACCCUCAUACAGGAGGUAUCAACUCUCAUCAAGGUGGUAUCAACAAUAAUAACCCGACAAUAAACUCUAACUCUCAUCCUACCGUUAAUUCCCACCCGGGUCAAAAUAUCAAUCAUCAUCCUCAUCCAGGUCCUAAUAUCCCCCAUCCAAAUCCACAUCCAAAUCCCAUCCCUCACUCUUCUACCCUCCCUCCGACAUCCAACGGACCACCGCCGUCUAUGGGAAUGACGACGAUUAAUUCAAAUCCUUACGCUUACACUCAACCUAGACAACCUUACCCUUCCACACAAAGAAGAAGCAUCUCACCAGGUCCUCCACAUAGAUCAUAUCAGGAUUAUCCCGUACCGCCAGGAGGUUAUUACGAGGUUAAAGAGGAAGAAUGGAGGAGACAACAAAGUGCAGGUCCGACGGGAGAUUAUAAAAGGUCUUGGGAGUUAUGA